AUGGCAGUCGGUGCCUUGAAAAGGCCUGAGGCAGAAGCCUACACUCGCAAGACGUUCCGUACUCAGCGCAAUCAAGUUGCUCCAUACGUUGGCUAUAACUACACAACAGGCAACAAGACGAUCAACCAAUAUGAAAUAAUUUCCGAGUUACACCGUGGACCAAAUACCAAGGUGAAACUUGGUAUUGAUACUAAUACAGGUGGCAAUGUGGUCAUCAAGAUAGUCCCACGACAUGGGCCGUCUAAGAGGGCAAAUAGAACAACCUGCACUGAGAUCACCGCUCUGGAACGUAUCAAUCAUCCGAACAUCGUCACACUUUUGGAGACAAUUGACGAUCGGACUUUCGACAAGAUAUAUCUUGUACUUGAAUACAUGGAGCUUGGCGAUAUUCCAUGGCGCAGAGAGUGUUGCGAAUUACAAAGACUAAUGGCUGACCUGGAGGACCAUAUGCCACAGCCGCCUCACAUGGAGUGCAGCUGUGGGACGGCAAGUUGGUUUCAAAGUUGUGCUAGCAGGCCAUUAGAGCGUGAGAAUUCAGCACAAAGAAACAUGACAAACACCAAUGAGUGGGUAGCUAAGCGUCCGCCAUUGACGUCUCUAUCUAAUGCUACUCUCUGGUUUGACAACGUCCCACAUGACCCUGAUGAACCGAACAAAGGGAAAGGUGGUGCUACCCAGUGCCCCUGUAGUGGAAAUAUAUUGUGCUUGCCGAAGUUUGCAGGCGCGAUGGAGGAACGACACUUUUAUGUGCCAUGCCUAACUUUCGAUCAAAUUCGAGACAUUUUGCGCGGCACUUUGCACGGCCUCGUGUACCUUCACAGCAAUGGUAUCUAUCAUCGAGAUAUUAAACCGGCUAAUCUGUUGUUGAGCAAAGAAUUCCACGUCAAGAUUGCUGAUUUUGAUAUUUCAUACAUUCAUCCAAACCUGGACAGACUGAUUGACGAAGAAGGGCAUGGGCCGAAACGUGUCGAGCAGAUUAACGACGAUGCAUUGCUCAAAACAGUCGGAACGCCUGCCUUCAUGGCCCCAGAGUUAUGUUACCCAGUAUGUGACGAACCUCUGCCUAUAACGGCCCAGAUUGACGUCUGGUCCCUCGGCGUUACCCUUUACUGUUUUAUCUUUGCAAAACUACCCUUCGUAGCUGAGAAUACAUUCCUGCUGUAUCGCAAAAUUGCAACUGAACAAAUACAUUUGCCUCGCAAGCGCCUAAAGCCUGUCAUGCAGCCUGAACGUUCAAAGCUUUCGUCCGCCUGUCGCUGCUGCAACAGGAACCAGAGCGAAUAUGAGGACGUUGACGAACAAUUGAUCGACUUGGUCAACCGAAUGUUGACGCGGGAUCCGAGACUGCGCAUUAGACCGGAGGAGAUAUUGUCUCAUUCCUGGAUGCUCCAAGGGACGUUGGCACCGGGUGUUGGCUCAUCAGAAGAUGGUACUGGCUUGGUUUCUACGAAGUAA